GUAUAAAGGCCCGUAGAGGACACCAGUUUUGUCCGCCUCCCCGCUUCGACACGACAAGCCCAGGUUCACCCGGAAACGAAACUUCGACACGAUGUUCUUUCGCGUUCAUAUCCUGCUCGUCGCUUUCGUGCUACUCCUUGUGGCCAUGGUAGAUGCCGCGCCGGUUAAGGGCCUGAAGCAGUUCAAGCUCAAGCGCGGGGAUGCGACGCCCCUACGCAGGGACAAUCAAGCCCUACCAUCACGCGCAAUUGGUGCCGAGCCCUCUUUGUGGAGGCGUACUGCAAAAUCCCCGCAACCAUCUGCACGCUGGACCGAGCGCGCCUGAUUGUAGCUAGUCCUAACCGAGCUUCGACUUCACGACUCUGUAUUUACGUCCUUCACGAGAGCAUGCUUUUCAGCUUCUACGGUUCGAUUUGGGCUUUGGGGUAUCCUUGGGGCGACACAAUCGUGGGGAAUGUAAUAUAGAACGAUAUCAUCUGCCAUAGGUAUUCAGACUGCGCUGAAUUUGUGUGGUGGUCCGCGGGAAGACGCAGGAGCACUGUUCUGUUUGAUGAAUUGAGUUGUGGGCGUCGAGAGGCGUGCUACACGUGAUUUGCCAUGCU